AUGCAUCCAAGCAGGCAGCGACGCAACAAUGAGGGUACAGCUACCCGAACAGCUGUUCCUAUAAACAAGAUAAGGAAGCGGAGGUCCUCUUGUACCAUUACGACGUCAAAGGUCGCCCUUAAUCGAGAAAUCGACACGUACGCCGCAAGUCCCUCCACAGAUUCUCAUUCGAGUUUUGAGGUGGACUCUGACUCUUGCUCAGAUCCUGACUCAGAUUCCGACGAUUCAGGUUCACAGUCCGAUUCAUACUCAGAUACUGACACAGACCCUAACAUCCAAGAUGCAGAGCAAGCAUAUAGUGGAGAUUUCGAGCUUGAUUCGGAGCAAGGGUCGGACGAGGGAUCAGACUCCGAAGCGGAAAGGAUAGUGCGGAAUAUUGAAUACCACAGAACGCAGGGUCCAGCGAAACCUCGACACGAACCUCGAACGAUAGAACUCUGGAAGAGGGAAAGCGAUUUCUGGCAGAGGUACUGCUCCAAGAUCCAGCGAAAGACAAACAUGUCCCCAGAGGAGCAGCUACGGGCAUGCGACCCAGCAGUGUUCAAAUCAUACCUCUGGUGGCGGAAGAAACAUUCUCGAAUCAACAAAGAGAGCACAAUGAAGUCGUACUGGAAACGAAUCAGCAUGUACUACCGCGACCUCACAGACCAUGAAAUGGACAACGAUGUCCUAAGUGAUAUCUGUAACUGGAUGCCCAACCUCCACUUAGAUAAGUCGAAGAAAGAAAAGUUUGCAAUGUUCGUCCAGGACCUCUAUGCCAUCCUACAUGCCCUUUGGGUUGACGAUACUAAAGCCCUCCCUGGAUUUAUCCGAGACCAGCUCUCGCUUCUGCUCAUUAUUAGCGCAGCCACUGCUACAAGACCUGGAGCCAUCGUCCAAUUGCAGUUCAAGGACAUCGAGCUCUUGAAGGUUCGCUGUGUCGAAGAUCCUAGCCGGAGCACUCUUGUGGCCAACGUGAAUUUAGAGCAUGUCAAGAACAAGGAUAAGGAGGGAACACCGAAGAAGUUCACGUUUCGUUUGGAGGGGCUCCCAGCCUUCUGUGUCGUUUCGCAUAUCCUUGGGAUCGGGGAUGGCCGGAAUGCAUUCAAGGACGGCUUCACAAGCAUCCAACAGAUAUUUGACCUCGUGAUACCAGAGGAACGUAACGCCCUGCGUAUAAGAUGGAAGCAUGAUAUGCUUAAGAAACCAUUCUUCUGCGACGUCGAGCACACAGCCGAGGGCGCUCAUAUACUUGAGGACAAAAGCUUUCCCUAUGCGAAAUACCGCGACUUAUUCGUACGCUUGGGACGUGUUGCGGGCUUUGAACAAUCGCUCGAGCUGUACCAGCUGCGGCGAGCCUCUGGAAAGAAUAUCAACGAAGCUUUCACAGAAUCGGAACGAAACCAGACCAUGGGCCAUCUCGGCAGCACAUACGAGAAGUAUUAUACGCCAACCCAUAUCGCACGCGACUUUCAAGCGGUCUAUUUCGGAACCCCCACAGAAGACCUCCUCAUCCAGUCCGUCGCGAGAAUGGGCUUGACGCGAGAUCAACGAGCGCCUGUGGAGCUUGACGAGAAUCAAAAGGAGGAGGUGCGGAACAACCCCAAGCUUGUAGCCCUUCGAGAACAGCGAGAUAACUAUAAGAACGAACUUUACGAGAAAGGGUUCUACCCUCUUAGUAAGGGCAAAACAACUAGUAUCUACAAGAAGUAUCAGGAGACAGUUCGGAAGUUGAACAGCACCAACCAGGGUCUUUGCCGGAAACGACUAGAAAAGGCGAUCCGCGAAUUUCACACCUCGAUCGACUCGGUCGAGAUAGCUAGGCAGCUUGAUGGAAAGCCUACGACUGAUCUCCUUACCAAACCAGCCGUCAGUUUCGAGCUUCGAGAGCGGGCGGUGAUUGCACACAUGCUCUUUAAGCCAUUUGAAAACGAGAAGGCCCGCGUCAGAUUUAUUACCAACUUUGCUCGACUAUGCAAGCGGCAGGAGAUGCGUCGGCCUGUAACGCUGAAACGAAAGCGGGUAGAAUUUGUGGUAUCUGCAAGCGGCGAAGCGAAUCCACAGAAAUGUAGGGAGAUUGGCCGCUUGAACAGAGGUCUACCAUGUCAGAGCGGUGAGGUAACGCAAGAGCCUGACCUAUCUGAGUGCGAAGAGGUUCAGGCUCGACAACUCUACCCUAUGGUAUCCCCAUACCCGAUAUGCCUCUUCUGUAUAGGCAACGAGCGACUUUCCUACGAACAACGAACAAAGCCCUGGCCGCGAAAAGAUGUGCUUAACAAACACGUGGACACCCACUUUCGAAAUCCUGAAUUCCAGGGAGAGUUCACAUGUCGCCAUCCCAGUUGUUCCUGCAAGCUGAAUGGCAAGAUGCAUUUCAAGAGGCAUUCAUUAGAGGUACACCAAGUAUCUCAUUAA